AUGUCCCAUUUAUUAGCUGUUGAUAAAAAGAAUGUCCAACAUUCAGCUAAAGCUGUUUUGAACGAUACAAUGAGGAUUAUUUGGGCGUUCCAUAAGGACGAACCUCUUGGUGGAGCAGUAGGUCCAAAAUCGCUAGGUCAACACGAAAUCGGUAAUAGAGGAAGUCAAUCCUUGUACCUGGUUCAAAGAGCAGACCAAGAUACGCCUGGGCCAGAAGAAACUGCACGAGUUUGGGAGUUGAGGAAUCCCGCUAUUGAACCACCGGCUCCUGGUGAAUCCAUUUAUUGGUGUAGAAUUUUCAAAAUUCCUUCGAUCACAAGAAAGCAUCAUUUAAUUAGGUAUGAACCACUUCAAGGUAUCAAUGGAGGAAAUGGGCUUCAGCACGUAGUCCUCUAUGAAUGCCAGGACAAUAGCAACAUCGAAAAACUAGCAGAUACACCGGGACGCCAAUGCUACGACAGCCAUUCCCAGCCAUUUUCAUGUAACACAGUUGUCGCCAGCUGGGCAAGGGGAUCUGAGGGAUUUAGUUUUCCACCUGAGGCCGGUUAUCCUCUAGAUUCCCAAAAUUCAAGAUUUUAUCUACUGGAAACGCACUAUCAAACACCUUUAGAUGGAAGUAUGGGGGCUUUGGAUGGGUCUGGUUUAAGAUUGUACUACACCCCAGAGCUCAGAAGACACGACGCUGGAGUUAUCUCUAUAGGAAUGGACCCUAAUUGGAGACAUAUUAUUCCUCCUGGUCAACAGAAAGUUGUGUCAUCUGGACACUGUGUUUCUGCAUGUACUCAGCAAGCGUUUCCUCAUGGCGGCAUUAAUAUGUUCGCGGUUGUGAUGAAGACCCACAAAAUCGGCAAACAAGUAGCGUUGAAGCAUAUUCGCGGGGGUGUUGAACAGCCUCCCAUUGCUAGUGAUGACAAUUUGGACUCCGAUUACCAAGAAUACCGAAAAUUAGGUGUGCCAGUGCGUAUCCUACCUGGAGAUCAUUUGAUUACUCAGUGUACCUAUAAUAGUUCCGGGAGGACUGCUAUUACGCUCGGUGGUUUGAAUAGUCGCGAAGAAACGUGCUUAGUGAUGGGGUUGUAUUAUCCCCGACAAAAGUUCCUUGCAGCUUGUCAUAGUUUACCUAGCUUACCUACAGUUCUUCAUUCGUUGGGGAUCCAAGAACUUAGUCCCGGAUCUAAUCCUGUGAGAAUAACAGCACCACCUGAGCUAGCAGGAAUGACUUUGGAAACACGGUUAGUAUCCUACGACUGGGACAACCAGUUCCAAAGCUUUCAAGAUGCGACGAUGAAGGGUUCCUUUAAACCUUUGUGCUGGACUUCCCAAGCGACUCUCCUACCGGACACCGAUAAAGAAUCCCACUAUCCCAACAUAUCCAGACCAUAUGUAAAGAAUGUGAUCGAUCAGUGCAACUACAGAAAAUACAGCACGGAAGGUUGGCCAGGUGGUACACCAUUGAUCGAACUUGAUGGUAACCACAUAGAGGGAGCGGCACGAAGCAAAGUCUCUCGUAGCAGUAGUCCCGCAGUAGAAGAAUCCCUUGGACUGAGCAGGUUCAACUCCGCACCUGCUCAAUCUGUACAUAGUGUCGUUAUAGUGCUAUCAGUAUUCCUCGUGUGGUUUAAUCGCUGA